AUGGGUUGCGAUAGCAUUAUUAAAUUGAAUAUCAAAAUAAAUAAGUACAUUGGCAAAAACGCAUUUGCAAAUUGUAAAAAUUUGGAUUCCCUUAAAGUGAGUUGUUCAGAAAUAGGUGAAUCGGCUUUUUCCGGCUGUAAAUCAUUAAAUUAUGUCAUGUUGACUAAUCCAAUCAUAUCUAUAAAUGAUUUUGCUUUCGGAGAAUGUUCAGCAAUAAAAAUUAUAAAGUUUCCAGAUGACUUGGAAUCAAUUGGAGUUAAUGCAUUUAUUUCUUGUACUUCAUUCAAAGAAAUUGUUAUUCCCAACAAAGUGAAAAAAAUCAGCAAAGGUGCCUUCGAAGGCUGCAUUAAUAUUGAGAAUGUUAAUCUCGGAGAAAACCUUAAAACAAUUCAUCCAAGGGCCUUUUAUAAUUGCAUUAACCUGUGGUCAAUUUCAUUUAAUCCAAAUUUGGAAUUGAUUGGGGAAUCAUCCUUCUAUAAUUGCAAUUUAUUGAAUGAAAUAAAACUACAUGAUAAUGUGAAAGCAAUACAUGCAAAUGCUUUUUACAAUUGCACAAGUAUAAUGAAGCUCACUCUGUCAAAAUCAUUAGAAACAAUUGAAAAUUAUUCAUUUUAUAAUUGUCAGAAUAUCAAAAGUUUGAUUUUGCCUGAAAAUAUUAGAUUUAUCGGUUCGUUUUCAUUCUUCAACUGUUUCAGUUUGGAAAAUAUUAGUAUACAUGUCCCAUGGAAUGCAGUGUUUGAGAAUAACUCAUUUACUGGAGUUAAAUCAUUGAAAUCAAUUAUUUUCGGAUCAAAUAACUCCGAAUUUCUUCGAUUUGCUGACAAAGAAUGUCUCAAAGAAGUUUCAUUUAUAUCAGACACAAUGACUACUAUUCCUUCCUUAUAUGAUUUCAAGAACAUACAAAAAAUAGAAGUCAAUAGUACAAAUUCGAUUUCUAUCCCAAAGAAUUUUGUUUGUAGUUCAAAUCUUUUAAUAUAUUUAUAUAAUAACAUCGAUUUGAUUGAUGAUCAUUCAUUCGAUGGCUCACAAAUUGAUAUAUUUGUUUACUGUGGUGUGAAAAUAAUAAAAGGAAACUUCCUUGAUAAGAAAUGCAAAAAAGCCUUAGUCGGGAGAUAUUAUAAGAGUAAUAAUAUCGGAGGAGCUACGGCUGUAAAAGAUGUAGGUCAGCAUUUUUGUACCGCAGAUAUUCCUGAAGCACCUACUCAUUUGCAGAAAAUAUUGAUAAUAUCAAUUAGUUCUGGAAUAGUAGUUAGUUUGAUAAUAGCUAUUAUUAUUAUUAUUUUGAGACAAAAUAAAAUUAAGAAAGAUCAGAGGAAAAUCUUAACCAAACAGCUACUUGAGAAAAAAGUCCUCGAUGACUUUGGGUAA